GUGGUGGGAAGGGGCGGGAUUCUGCCAGCCGCGGCUGCCGCUGGAGCCGGUGUCCGGGCUGGUGAUGGGGUUAAUUCCCUUUCGUAAGACUCUUACUUGCACCCACCCAGCCCCGCCGUCGCCCCGCCGCGCCGCGCUCCAACCACCGCCUCCUCCUCCUCAGUAACGCGGGCCACGGAAAGGUAUGAUAUAUUUGAUCCAAGACAGUCCAUUCCAGUCCGGGAAUCUACAGUGGUGACAAGGACAUGGGACUCCUCCUGCCAGAUUACAGAUGGUUCACUACAGUUGACAUCCUGGCUGACAACUGUGAAAAAGAACCUUGGAUUUUUUUUUUUUUUUUUUGUGGGACACCACAAUCCCAAAUCCAAAGGACACAUCAGGUUUCAAGCUCCCUGUAGAAUUCGAAAAUAACCUUUGCUAAUGAGGAUGUCUGAUACUGUUACUGUAAAAGAUGAAACUCCAACAAUGAAGGAUUUGGAGGCAGAAGUGAAAGAUACAACCAGAGUUGAAAAUCUUAUCAAAUCAGAAAACUAUGGGAAGAUUUUGGUAGAGAAGAAUGAACAUUGUAUUGAGAACAAUAUAGAUCUGCAGCGGCCAUUGCAGUCAUUUGGACAGACAGGAAAAAGGUCUAAGUCAAGCUCAAAGUUAAAGCUAGUUCGGAGCCUUGCAGUGUGUGAAGAAUCUCCACCACCACCUGCACCAGAGAUAUCACAGGAGAACCAGGAGAAAAUUCAGAUCCAGUUAACACAAUCAUUUGAGAAAGAAGAGAAGCCUUCAAAAGAUGAAGCAGAAAAAGAAAAGGCCAGUGAUAAGUUGCCCAGAAAAAUGUUAUCAAGAGAUUCCAGUCAAGAAUACACUGAUUCAACUGGCAUAGAUCUACAUGAAUUUUUAGUAAAUACAUUAAAAAACAAUCCCAGGGACAGAAUGAUGCUGCUGAAAUUGGAACAAGAAAUUUUAGAUUUCAUUGGUAAUAAUGAGUCUCCACGUAAAAAAUUCCCCCCAAUGACAUCUUACCAUAGGAUGCUAUUACACAGAGUAGCUGCUUACUUUGGAUUAGACCACAAUGUUGAUCAGAGUGGGAAGUCUGUCAUAGUAAACAAAACUAGCAAUACAAGAAUACCUGAUCAGAAAUUUAAUGAACACAUUAAGGAUGAUAAAGGUGAAGACUUUCAGAAACGUUAUAUCCUCAAGAGAGAUAACUCUAGCUUUGACAAAGAUGAUAACCAGAUGAGAAUACGUUUGAAAGAUGACAGAAGAAGCAAAUCUAUAGAAGAAAGAGAAGAAGAGUACCAGAGAGCUAGAGACCGAAUAUUUUCCCAAGAUUCCCUGUGUUCCCAAGAGAAUUAUAUUAUUGACAAAAGACUCCAAGACGAAGAUGCCAAUAGUACCCAGCAGAGGCGCCAGAUAUUUAGAGUUAAUAAAGAUGCUUCAGGGAGAUCUACAAAUAGCCAUCAAAGCAGCACUGAGAAUGAAUUGAAGUACUCGGAACCACGACCCUGGAGCAGCACAGAUUCAGACAGCUCUCUUCGAAACCUGAAACCUGCUGUAACCAAAGCGAGCAGCUUCAGUGGAAUCUCAGUCCUGACAAGAGGUGAUAGUUCUGGAAGCAGCAAAAGCAUAGGCAGGCUUUCAAAAACAGGUUCUGAGUCUUCUGGUAGUGUAGGGUCAUCUACAGGCUCUCUUUCUCACAUCCAGCAGCCUCUUCCAGGUACAGCUAUCAGCCAGUCUUCUCAUGGCGCACCUGUCGUCUAUCCAACUGUCAGCACUCAUAGUUCUCUUUCCUUUGAUGGUGGCCUAAAUGGGCAAGUCGCAUCUCCUAGCACUAGCUUCUUUUUGCUUCCCUUGGAAGCGGCAGGCAUACCACCUGGCAGUAUUCUGAUCAACCCACAAACAGGUCAGCCCUUCAUAAACCCAGAUGGGAGUCCAGUUGUGUAUAAUCCUCCUAUGACUCAACAACCAGUUAGACCCCAAGUGCCUGGACCUCCACAGCCACCUCUGCCAGCCCCACCUCAACAACCAGCAGCUAAUCAGAUUUUCUCACAGCCUGUUCGUCCUCUGCAGUCCUCUUCACAGCCUGUUCAGUACUCUACAGCCCCUUACCCAUCCCCGCUCCUGCCAGUCUCACCCACCCAGCAAUACUCCGUGCAGGAUAACCUUGGGUCUCAGUUUAGUCACAUGAGUCUUGCUCGCCAGCCAUCUACUGAUGGUUCUGACCCUCAUGCCACCAUGUUCCAGUCCACUGUGGUUCUUCAGUCUCCACAGCAGUCUGGUUAUAUCAUGACAGCAGCCCCUCCACCACAUCCUCCUCCACCGCCACCACCACCACCUCCUCCUCCUCCUCCCCUACCACCUGGGCAGCCAGUCCCUACUGCUGGAUAUUCUGCCUCUGGUCAUCCUGUCAGCCAGCCUGUGCUCCAGCAGCAGGGAUAUAUUCAGCAGCCAUCACCACAGAUGCCAGCCUGUUAUUGCACUCCAGGCCACUAUCACUCCAGCCAACCUCAGUAUCGCCCAGUCCCUUCUGUUCAUUACAAUUCACAUCUAAACCAACCACUGCCACAACCUGCACAGCAGACAGGUUAUCAAGUUAUACCCAACCAGCAGCAAAACUACCAAGGAAUAGUUGGAGUUCAGCAACCCCAGAGUCAGAGCCUAGUCAGUGGCCAACCCAACAGCAUUGGAAAUCAGAUUCAAGGAGUGGUCAUCCCCUAUACUUCAGUGCCAACAUAUCAGGUUUCACUGCCUCAAGGUUCUCAAGGAAUUCCCCAUCAGACUUAUCAACAGCCUGUUAUGUUCCCUAAUCAGUCUAAUCAAGGAUCUAUGCCCACAACGGGAAUGCCUGUUUACUAUAGUGUCAUUCCACCUGGUCAACAAAAUAAUUUAAGCUCUUCAGUAGGUUACCUGCAACAUCCAGGAUCAGAACAAGUACAGUUUCCUCGAACCACUUCACCAUGCAAUUCCCAGCAGCUUCAAGGCCACCAAUGUACAGCUGGGCCACCACCGCCACCUGGUGGUGGGAUGGUGAUGAUGCAGCUCAGUGUACCAAACAAUCCACAAUCUUGUGCCCACUCACCCCCCCAGUGGAAACAAAACAAAUAUUACUGUGAUCACCAGAGAGGACAGAAGUGUGUAGAAUUUAGCAGUGUAGACAAUAUCGUCCAGCACAGCCCUCAACUCAGUAGCCCCAUUAUUUCACCAGCUCAGUCGCCAGCACCAGCUCAGCUGUCCACUCUGAAAACUGUACAUCCCUCUGGACCACCACUUUCCAUCAUGCCCCAAUUUUCUAGACCUUUUGUCCCCGGGCAAGGGAAAACAAAGCAGGGGCGAUCACAGUUGAACCCGGAUGACAGCAGGAGAUUCCAGGUAUCCAUUACUUGGCCAGCCGCUGCAGUACAACCCUCCUGCUGUUCUGCACGGACACAUUCCAAACCAACAGGGUCAGCCUGGCAGCAGGCAUGGAAACCGAGGAAGGAGACAAGCUAAAAAAGCUGCAUCCACCGACCUUGGAGCAGGAGAAACAGUUGUUGGGAAGGUCUUGGAAAUUACUGAACUACCAGACGGAAUAACUCGCAUGGAAGCUGAAAAGCUUUUUGGGGAACUCUUUAAAAUUGGCGCCAAGAUCCGGUGGCUCCGGGACCCCCAGUCGCAACCACGUCGUCACCCCCUCUGCUGUGGCAGCGGGGACAACACUGUCAACCCUGAACGCUCUAAACCCAGUGACUUGGCCUCCACCUACACCGUCUUAGCCACAUUCCCCUCCAUUUCAGCUGCACAGAAUGCAUUAAAGAAACAAAUUAACUCAGUUAACAAGUUCAAGCUGAGAACAAGCAAGAAGCACUAUGACUUUCAUAUUUUGGAAAGGGCAAGUUCUCAGUAACAGCCACCUUUGGACCCUUCGCCUUUAUGGUUCCCCUACCCUCUCCCAUCUUUGAUUGGCUUGGUGUUUGGAGCUUCUGUUAACAUUAUAGAGACUCCUAGGAUGUGUGUUCAUGGCGUUAUAGCUUUUGAAGAAAGGCCAGUGAUCCAGCAAAGGGGGAAAAUAUAUGCAUUUCACCCCACAUGACUGUAGGAAUCCACGUCAGAAUGAUACAGAGUUAGCAGGUUUUUCUAAGGAAAUGCCAUUCAAAUGCCUCCUAACUUUUACAGUGAUUUUGUUUUAUAUUUCUAAAUUCUUGUAUCAGAUCCAAAGCUCUGUUGUACAGCAAAUUAUUCUUCAAAAUGAUUGUAACCAGUUGCAACCUGUAUUUCUUUUUGCAGCCAGCACAAUGUGACCCAACUUAAAAUUUGGGGGAAAAAGAAUGCAGGAGUGAAAUAACCAAGUCAAAACCAUGUACUAUCUCCUUGGGGGUUAGGGAUGCUAAGAAGAGCCCACAAAUAGAGGAUUACUCUUCCCCCAGAUCUCUAAACUCAGAAACAAUUGCCAAAAAAUACAUAACUCUCCCCUGUAGGACCCUUUCCUUAUUCAUUUAGGUAGUGUGAACAUUAAGUAUAAAAUAAAUUAUGUUCUUAAUGCCUCUUAAACCACUUACAUUUAGAGGGGAACAGAAAUCAUUCUAAGCAGGAAAAUACUUCCACUUUUUUUUUUUUUUCAAGUAUCUCUCUAAUAACUAAAUGCCACUUACUUGCAUUCCCCUCCUUGUGGAUUUUUUGUCACCUAAGGAAAUGCAUUUGAUGAGUGCUGGAAACUUCUUAAGUGCUUUACAGUUUGUUUUCAUUGUUUGCAGCGGAUCACUGGACAUCAAAGAUUCAUUGCACUUAUGAACAAGGAACCUUCUUUUCAAUUUCUGUGUAAUUUGCAAGGCUGUACAAUGUGUGCUGAUGCAAGCCUUUUUCAGUUCAAGAGAAUAAAUGUUUACAAAUAUAG